GCAGCCGCCAUCAUAGAUUCCACCGGAGUCGCUGUUUGCGGAAGGAAGUUCCUUACACUGCAGCAUUUCCGGUUUCAGAGUAGUCGCCUAAACUCAUAAAUGAGACUUCCUCCAUCUUUGUACAUUUCUCACUUUUUUUUUUAACCUGGAUGUGACGCACUAAAGGACCCGACAGAAAUAGAAUUGAAGGCGUUCUAAAAUGGCGAACCGCACAGUGAAGGAUGCGCACAGCAUCCACGGCACCAACCCUCAGUAUCUCGUGGAGAAGAUCAUUCGGACGCGAAUCUAUGAGUCCAAGUACUGGAAAGAGGAGUGCUUUGGGCUUACGGCUGAACUUGUAGUCGAUAAAGCCAUGGAAUUAAGGUUUGUGGGUGGCGUCUAUGGUGGCAACAUAAAACCAACUCCCUUUCUGUGUUUGACCUUGAAGAUGCUUCAGAUUCAACCGGAGAAGGAUAUUAUUGUUGAGUUCAUAAAAAAUGAAGACUUCAAGUAUGUCCGCAUGUUGGGAGCACUUUACAUGAGGCUGACAGGUACUGCAAUCGAUUGCUACAAGUACUUGGAGCCUCUGUACAACGACUAUAGAAAAAUCAAGAGCCAGAACCGAAAUGGGGAGUUUGAACUGAUGCACGUAGAUGAAUUCAUCGAUGAACUACUGCACAGUGAGAGAGUGUGUGAUAUCAUUCUACCCCGACUACAGAAACGUUAUGUGCUAGAGGAAGCUGAGCAACUGGAGCCUCGGGUUAGUGCUUUAGAAGAGGACAUGGAUGACGUGGAGUCCAGUGAAGAGGAGGAGGAGGAGGAUGAAAAGCUGGAGAGAGUACCAUCACCUGACCAUCGGCGGCGAAGCUACCGAGACUUAGACAAGCCCCGUCGCUCUCCCACACUGCGCUACAGGAGGAGUAGGAGCCGGUCUCCCAGGAGGCGGAGUCGGUCUCCAAAACGGAGGAGCCCUUCCCCUCGCCGAGAAAGGCAUCGGAGCAAGAGUCCAAGACGGCACCGCAGUAGGUCCCGAGAUAGACGGCACAGAUCCCGCUCCAAGUCCCCAGGUCACCACCGGAGUCACAGACACAGAAGCCACUCAAAGUCUCCUGAAAGAUCUAAGAAGAGCCACAAGAAGAGCCGGAGAGGGAAUGAGUAAUGGACUCAGUUUGGAUUUAGUCUAAAUGGCCUCCUUCAGAAAAGAAGGCAUCUGUCCACAUGGAAGGAUUAAGAUCUACUCCUCAGGCAGCUAUGAGAAUAUUUUAGGAGUUUUUUUACGUAAAAGUUUCUCCACUUUUUUUUUUUUAAUGAAAGAUGCGCUGAGUUUUCAAAUUUAUGAGGAUAGAAAGGAUUUGAAGAGUGGAAGGUAUAUGAAUGACAAGGAGAGGAUGUGGCCGCCUAGUGAUAACUUUUGUUAUUAAAUUUCACACGCCCAUUUCCCAUCUUUCUGUGGUUUAGUUUUUGGUUUACUCCAUGAUUGAAACUUCUGAGAAUGCUAAGAUUUAUGCUGCUACUGUUACAUUCAGAGAUCAAGUCAGUAAAACAUAUUGGCACUAACUUUUUUCUCAGCAGUAAUAAAUGGCAAUAAACAUGAAAACUGACUGAUUAAUAGCAGCUUUGUAAGAAAAGAAUGCAAAUGUAAGACUUCUUCUGGAUCAUUUAAUCCAGUUGCACUGAACAGUUCAACAAACAGUAAAACUUAACAUCUUUUCUACAGCAUUCUUAUAAUAGUGUUGUAUCUUCUACACAAGCCUUGAAUUCCAGGCUAAGGUGCUCAGCCUUUAUCUUACAAGCGUUGACAUUAUCCAAGUCUAGGCAGUAGUGGUAGGGCAACAACACUGAAAAGGUUUGAUGGAAGAGAAAAGUAAUACCACUCGGGGUUUUGACCUGAUCUGCUGAACAACAGUGCCAUUCACAAAGCCAGAAAAUACAGCAGGAAAAAAUCAGGAUAUGGGGGGCAUGUAGUGAGGGUUGUGAUAGUGAAAAUGGUCAGUUUAAGUUUGAGACAGCUAUGAUACAACUAGGUAAAGCCCAGACAGUUGGAAAUAGGGACUGGCUUUGAGCAUAGUCAUCUAUCCCCGAACUGACAAUGUUUAGGUAAUUGUGGAAGAUGUAGAAUUAAAUGACGUUGCCAAGGGAGUGUGCGUAUGUGUAAGAAAAGGCAACAACAGAACCACAGGCAACAGCAACUCUGGUGAGAGGAUGAAGUGCAGUCACCUAUUGAAAACUGAAAUGAACCAUUUCAAAUUAGGAGAGAGUAGGUCUAAGGAUAAGCAAAAUAGGGACUCAGAAGUGUCCAUGGGCAUUGAUAAUCAAGAGGGUGUUAAGAUCUUUGCUAGAAAAGUUCUAUUUACCUGUACUUACCUUUCCUCCUUUAAAAAUGGAAAAGUGAUAUGAAUGACUUCCUGCAUCUCUGGUCCCAGCAAGAAUUGUAACCAACUGCCUCAUCGGAUGGAUCCAGCUUCUUGGGAAACCAUAUCUGGUCAUAGGAUAAACAUUCUAUUGCUUGCUAUCGAACUGAAGGAUUUUUGCAGCAAUAUUAAAGCAUUUUGGAAUAUUUGAGA